CGCGCGGCCAACAGAACUCAUUCGCCGGUUCACAAGAACGCUUCGAGAUAUACACCGCGCGGUACCAAAUUGAGGUGAUAUAUCUGUUAUUUAUCUAACGGUGGAAGGCGAGCCGAUUGUGGAAAUGGCCGGAGAAAAACGUUCCCAAGACCAAGAGGAGACCCUGCUCACAGAAAGCGUCGUUCUAGUUGACAUCGAGGGCACUACGACGAGCAUAAGUUUCGUAAAGGAAACUCUAUUUCCAUACGUUAGAAAUAAUUUGAAAACAUACGUUGAAGAAAAAUGGGAUGAUGCAGAAUUUAAAACAGAUUUUGAAAAAUUGAAAGAACAGGCAAAGAAAGAUGAGGAAGAUAAGGUUGCAGGAUUUGUACCAAUCAAAGGUGCUACUCCCGAAGAAGAGCGUGAAUCUCUCGUGAAGAAUAUUCUCUGGCAAAUGGAUGCCGAUCGUAAAACUGGUGCUCUGAAACAACUUCAAGGACAUAUGUGGCGCGAAGCUUACAAUUCUGGAUCGGUUAAGGGACACGUUUAUGAAGAUGUACCGAAAGCUCUUGAAUCGUGGACUGCUGAUACUGGCAGAAAGGUUUACGUAUACUCUAGCGGCAGUGUGGAAGCUCAGAAAUUGCUCUUUGGACAUUCUAAGUACGGCGAUCUUCUUAAGUAUUUUAGCGGUUAUUUCGAUACGAGUGUGGGAAUGAAGCAGGAGGUCGCUAGUUACAAGAAUAUACUAAAACAAAUUGACGUGGAGCCAUCUAAUGUACUCUUCUUAACUGAUGUUGUCAAAGAGGCUCAAGCUGCUAAGGAAGCUGGUAUGUCCGCAAUGAUUCUACUACGAGAAGGAAAUGCGCCUCUCACCGACGAAGAUAAAGCUGCGUUCACAACUAUCAAUUCUUUCCUGGAUUUGUCCUUUCAAAUGUCUGCCAAGCGCGCGAAAUUAGACAAACCUGAAGCAGAAGAGAAGAAGGCAGUCCCGAAGGAAGCUGCAAAGUCAGAAACGAUCAACGAGCCUAUGGAAACUUCUGAGGACGUAGAAAUGACUGAUGUUAGUGAAGCAAGGGUUGAGACUAAAAAAGCUGUAGAAUCGGAGAAACCAGAGAAAGAGGAUGUGAAAUCGGGGGAUAAAAUUACGUGUUCCGAAUCAAAGAAAGGUGAGUCUAUGGAAGUUGAUGGUAAGAUAGAGUCGGACAAGAAAUCCGCGGAGAAAGUAGAUAAGUCUGCUUCUGAAAUAGCCGAGAAAGACAAGUCUGAGGCAAAAACUUGCGACAAGCCGCAAACGUCUGAGAAGCUCGAGAAAUCGGAAGAGGCUGUGGGAAAAUCCACCGUGGAUGAAACUGAUAAAGCUGUAGUUUCAGAUGCUGCUGUCACUGUCAGUGAGAAAGUCGUUAAGACAGCCGAAAAGGAUAAUAAGACUACUGAAGCAGAGACUGAGACUAAGGCUAGUGAACGUAUGGAAGAAGGCACGAACAAGCCAAAAUCAAAGUCUGAAAAAGAUUCCGAAGCUGUAGAGAACAAGACUGAAGAUAUUGCGAAAAUUCCGGAGUCCUCAAACGCUGAACCGAAAAUGGAGACUGAAACCAAAUCUACUGAAGCCACGUCAGUUGCAAAUGAAGUGAAGGGACAAGCCAAGCCAGAGGAGUCUGCGAAGGAGAAGGUUACUAAAACAGAAGAGAUUAAAUCAGAAGCAGUAAGUAAAUCAGAAAAAACAACGCCUACCGAAGCAGAGGAGACGCCGUCAAAAUCUAAAGACGAGGCGAAAAAAUCAGAAGAGACUCCCGUGAAAGAUGUAGUCAAAGAAAAUGGUACAUCCGCGGUGACAGAGCCUGAAAAAGCAAAAGCACCAACGAUAACGACAAUGGAGACUGAUGAUAGUAAACAGGAAGCAAAGAGCGAAACGAAGGAACAAGCAGAAACCGAUAAAAAGACCGAAAACGAGACUGUAGCGAAGUCCGAGGAGUCAAACGAUACCGAAAUUAAAAAUAAAGAGGAGACUAAAGUGGCGGCUAAUUCGGAGAAUGAAAAGCAGGAAGAUAAAAGUGCUGACAAGUCGAAGCAGGAUGCGAAUAAGGAAUCCUUGAAAGAAGAGAAGGUAGACGAAGUUAAGGCUGCAACAAACACUGCGGAAUCCGCGGAUAAAAAACUCAACGGAACGACGCAAAAUGGAAACUCGGCCGUGGCAACAACCGAAGAAAAACCUCAUAGAAAUGGUCUGAACGAGGAAUCAGCUAGUGAGAAGACCAAUGUGAAGACGAAGGAAGGAACCCCAGCGCAGAAUGGUGAACCUGAGACAUCGUCUGGUGCCAGCACGGAAACCAUAAAGGUUAAAAAGGUCGUAGAUUCCACAGUAGCCGAAGGUGCGGGCGAGCCCGAUGUUGUCCCACCUGUAGUUGUAGCCGCGACGUCCUAAUCUCGUUCUUAUACAAUUUAAGGAGUCCUUAAUACAUAACCCCAACCCCCGAGCAACAACAACACUUAUCUUAAAGUAUAAACUAUAAAGUUGUCUCCCCACACCUACACGAAUCAUACAACGUUUAAGCGUAAAAGCGGUAAUUUAAGACGCAGCUCAUAGGAAUAUUGUUCCUUCGUAGAAAAAGAAAGAUUCAAAUGAAACCCGAGGUGUACAGCGUGUUUCAGAUUCGAUUGUCUUUCGGAUAAUGAAAUGAUUGUACGUCUAAAAGAACUCAUUGCAACCAUGUUCCUAUUGGAAGAUUUUGAUAUUUUUAAUAAUUAUAGUUUUAUUAAGUGGCUUCGUGUUCCGCUAUUUUGACAUGAGCGUUGAUAUUUUCGGUGUUGCGUUGAUAGACAAAAUUUUUUUCUAUUUUCUUCUCAUCGACUCAUUCUCAGACUUAAAGCAUUGCACAAGUAUUUCGUAUCUCAAUUUUAUGACAAUAUCGUAUUAGAAGCUUUUUUAUGUUUGUCGCAUUCCAACUUAUAUUUUGUUUUCCCCUUCUUUCUUUUAUUUUAUUAAAUUCACAUGCUCUUGUAGAUGCAAAUCUAGGGAUGAUCGAAUUUGCCAUUCGCUGUGAUAAAUUUGCGUGUAUCUCUUGACAUUUCUCGUACUGAGCAUACUGCGUAUCCACUCUUUUUUUCUUUUUUUUUUUUAAUACUGACUUAACGAGAUGUUAUUACGAUACGAAAACCAAUAGGCUAGGUAAUAUCAUCAUAGUUGGAGUAUCUCUAUACUGAAUAUACUCUGUGCCAAAUGAAACUUAAUUGUCGUUUCGUCACACUUCUCCGACACUAUACGAGAUGGCAGGCAUCACUAUUUUUCGAUUAUUACCAAUUCCAAAAUUUAGUUUUUCUAUCCCUCUCUAUCUCUUUCUUUUAUCUUUUCCUCUCACUAUACGACUACGAAAAAACUUUUGACUAAGCAUGUUUUUAAGACUGAAAUCAAUAUCGUCGUACAGAGUCGCCGGCUUUAGACUGCAAUAUACCUUUUGCGUUUUGUGUACUUAAGAAGGUCUCGGGCCUGGACAAACCAACAGCCACCAUAUUACUUUUGACUUGUCUCUGAAGAACUUUUGAGAUUACUUUCACCGUUGCACAGACAUGCCACGCGAUUAAUGGACAAUUAACUAUCCUAAGACUUCAGUUCGAUCGUGCUUUUAAAUCUAUACAAUAACGCAAUCGUCGUCGUAUUUUCGAUCAUGAUUUACAAUUAUCCAAUAUAUGAGCGCCAUAGCAAUUUAAGAAUGACGUAUCAUCGUAAUUUCAACUUGAACAUUGCCAACGCUGAUACAUUCGAAAGAUCUUAAGUGGAGCAAUUACUCGUGAAUUCGUAUCUCGUAAGUCAAUUUCGAAAUUACGGUUAUUCCUUUCGCAUUUGGCAUGCUGUCAAUUUUCCGUGAAUAAUUAAAACACGAUGCUGAAUACGAAGUUUGGUAACUCGAGAUCACUAGGGGAAGACGUACGAGAAGCAAUUUGUCGACGAGCGAAAUGACAUCAGCUUGGCGUUUGAUGUGGCAGCUUGUACAUUGCUAGGUUUCUGGGAUACGAAGGAGAGUAAAUUAUUUAUUUAUUAUUAUUUCCGUCGGCAAAAUUGACUGUGAUCUAAGGAUAUUAAUAGACUUAGGGAAACUGAGGGAUUCAUCAUUAUCCCCAUUUCAGCUCGGUUCGCGACGUAAAUCAUUAUAGUAUUUCAUUCUGCGUUAUUGUCUGAACGAAAUGAAGUGUGGACAGUGUCUGAUCCGGCCAAUGUGUCUGUUUAUGAGAGAUCAACGAAUUCGCAGUCCAGCCCGUUGCCGGCGACUUAUGCAUUCAGAGUCAAUAUGUGAAAGAAUUGACACGAUGUGUGGACACAAAAAAAAAAAGAGGAACGAGUACCAACGACCGAUCACGACAAAUAAUAGAAGAGACAAAAGGCACGAGCACGUGUGGUGUAACAUGUUCUAUAAUCAUUUUCAGAUGCAUUUAGCCGAUAGUUUGUAUUAACUGUGGAAUUUUAAAGGGGACAGUAUCUCCUUCUCUAGGCGGUCUAGAUCCAUCUACGAGACGACAACAUCCGGUUGGAAUACUUGAGUCAAAAUCAGCAUGGGAACAUUCAAACGGUGUUACAACGCUCGAUUUGUUCCUACGCGGGAUACAUUAAAAUAAUGCUAAUCGAGUAGAGCGUUUAAUUUUAUACGCGUAAUACGCAUCUUUGACAUCAUCGUCAUUAUACAAUCGACAUUCUCAUCCAAUUCGAGAUAUCACCGACUCCAGACUCGCUCUCGUAUUAGCAUUAAUGUAUGGAGUAUUAACGAUUUGAUUGUCUAGAUUCGUCCGUUUGACUCUCUGUCCUUAUAACUAUUUUAUAUAAUAAAGUCCUGUAAGUAUGGUCAAUCCAAUGUGGCUAGGCUAAUUAAGAUUACAAUUGCGAGAUUGAUUAGAGAAAUCGUGGGGAUUGUUAACUUAUUGUCGUGCAUUUCGGGAAGUCUUCUUAGAUAAUUAUAAUUAAAAAAGUAUAUAUACUUACACUUCAGUUUUAUAUAACGAGCAAUAGAAUAAGCUGUGCACUGACUUUCCAGUAGCAGUGGCUACAUUGUCGCGUUAAAAAAAUUGCCGUUUGACAUUCUUACCGUCGUUCCAUAGUGAUGUGUUUGUUUGACAUUUUUUUUUUACAUGUCUAAAUUUUGUGUCUAUGUGGUAAUUCGGUUCUAGUGGAUUUCUCUGCUAAGGUAUCAUUGAGUUAUAUAUAUUUUUUGUUUUACUUAUUCAUUCCCAUCAUUUAACUGUUUAUGGAGCUUAUCCUGUGCUCGGGAAUAUUGAACUUCAAUCGGUACUGUGACAACUUGGAACGUAUUUCUAUCUUUCGCCAUAUUGGAUUCUGUAACUAUAGAACGUUUCCUUAGCAGCCCCUUAACCAAUCGUUAAUGACGUAUUCUGAUAGACUGCCACGACUAUGAUGUAACAUUAUGAUAUUAGCGUGAAAUAACGACGAAUGCGGAGUACCUUUUGGCUGACUUUCACGUCAUCACCUUAAAUCAUCACUUCAUAUCACUCAUAUUAAUGUUUGCGUCAAUGGUCAGGGUUCUCCAGAGGUCAUCGAAAUUUCAUGUUAAAAUCAAGAAAUGCUCAACUAUGAUUGACUUUUUAAUCUGAUUAGUUUUCUAAGUUUCAAGAAAGAACAAAAAUUAAAUAAAACAUUUAUAAGUUAUCACCCGACUUCUUUGACUGUCAUUCAUUGUAUCACCUACUAACAACCGAAUCAUUUUUAAUCCAUUUGACAUCGGGGACCGAUCACGCACGAUUGUCAUUUUUAAUUAGAUUAGUAAAAAUUCGGCUAGUCAAGAAACCCCAGAGCGAGUUUACGAGCGAUAAAUCAUUUUUUUUUUUUUUCAAUUUUUAUAAUUGUUUUACGAUAUGCUAAUUGUACUAGAGCAGCUGUAAUCUAGAGUAUAAUGUUAACGUCGAUUUAUCGUUAUAUUCUUUAUGGUGAAAUGAGAGACUCAAAUUUUAUGCCACAAUGCAAUAAGUAAUACUUUACUUCUCGAGUUCUCCUGCCAAAUUAUGACUAAUAGGGUAUUAUGAUUAGUAAAAGAAUUUACGAAUUUUUUUAAGUAAGCGUAUCUUAUAAUCAAUGGACCUAAUAGGUUAAUCUUAAAUAUCGAAAUAUGUAUAUGAACGUUUCAGUGAUUAAUUGCUUGAUCUUUUAUUUCAAUAUACAGGGUGUCCCACGACUUGGUCCCCAACGGGCACUGGCAUAUUCUCCGUUCAAAAUAGAACAAAAUGCAAUUUGUCCGAAUGAAAUCGGUUGCAUCGUUCUCGAGAAAAUAAAUAUUAAAAAUUUAGAAAUAUCAUCAUGUCUCAUGUCCGAUAAGUCAUAGUCUAAUGAUAAUAUUACAGUUUCUACUUGAGCGAAUGUGUUCACAGAAUCAAAGGCCCGCCACUUUCCUUUUCUACUGCUAUUGUUUUCUUUUGGUGAUGAUUGGAACUUACUUAAAAUGAUGAUAUUUCUAAAUUUUUAAUAUUUAGUUUCUCGAGAACGUUGCAACCGAUUUCACUCGGACAAAUUGCAUUUUGUUCUAUUUUCAACGGAGAAUAUGCCAGUGCCCGUUGGGGAAUAAGUCGUGGGACACCCUGUAUAUAUAUAUAAAUUAUUAGCGAUACAUUUUAUUAAUUUGUCUGAAAUUCUUGAGAAAAAAAAGUCAUUCGAACAAGGAUCGUUUAUAGAGGUUGUUACACUACUGAGUGCUUCGUUAAAGAAUUGGUAUUUCUGUUGACAAUCGCUAAAGUUGAAAGAUUGAUACUUUCAAAAAUGAUAUUAUUACUAUCUAGACUUUAUUUCGCAUUAAGUUUUAAUUACAUUAGAUAGUUUGCAUUAUAGCUUUACAGUAAUGUCAUUUUCGAUGGUUUUAUAUGUCAUUCCCAAAAUUUGCAAGACUGUCGAAGACGUGUUUAUUAUAUGGAUAUCAUUUAAUUAGAGUUUAGUUAAUUGAAAUCUUGAAAUCGAAUAAUUUUUAUUAAUUAUGAUAACGGAGUAUAUGAAUCCAAAUGGUGAUCACACGUCUAUCAUUCCAUUGUCACGAAAGAACCACGUUAACCAAUAUAAUAACAGGCACACAAAACGGAUGCAAAAAAAUAAUAUAAUUAAUCCCUGUCACAGUAAAAAUAUUAACUACUGUCGUUAAUUCGAAGUAAUUGUAAUUAGAACUAAGUCUUUGGCGCUACUUGAUAAUGCGUUUCCAGUAGUGCUGAUUACGAAAUAACGUCACUGAUAAGGUCAGGCACCAACUAACAAUUGUCUCCGGUGAAUUUCUCCAACUGCCUAAGCAAAGACUGCAUUAAUUAUAAAAAUUGUCUUAUCGCACUAUUUUCAAGAAAGGAAAGAAAAAAAAUGAAACGAAUCAUUCGCCACGCGGAUCCCAGUCAUUUUAAUAAGAGCCUAAUUUCUAAGUCACGUAUACAACACUUUCUGGCUGUUUUACGGAUUCAUUCCCAUUAGUCUACUUGCCAUAUGAGAUACUCUAUAAUUCCAUCUGAUUACAUGAGUAUGGAUGUCACGCGCACCUAAUCUAGUCUCUACCAGAAUCCCGUGAAAAAAUCGCGAAUCCGCUGUCGCGAUUAUAAACGGAAGUCUUGCUGUUAGUUGGUCAAUGGCGAUGUAUCAUUCAUAAAAUUCGAGUAACACCAUAGACUGGGGUAUACGCAUAUAGCGUAUAACUACAAAAUAACUUACUAUAUUUAGUUAUAAAAUUCAAGAACUACACGUAGAAUUAAAACGUAUUGUUUAAUUUUAGUUUAGUAGCAUUGCGAUUAUGUUUCAUAAGACUACGAAAAAACGGUAUUUCUAAUUCCUCUUGUUUUUAAGUUACUUUAUUUGUAUUGUUUAUCAUUAUCUUUUUGUACGCUGUACUGCAUAUGUCAAACAUGCUCUACUAUGUAUUACAUUACGCGAUAGUUGUAAUUAAGAUACUUCUUUUAGUGUGUACCCACUAUAAUCCUGUUUCAGUUGCUUGUCAUCGUGAUGCUUAGGUCAACGUGGAGUGGAGUUUAUUCAAUGUGGAGCAUUUAAUAGUAGUCAUCAUUAUUCGAGAUCAUUCACAUUUGUACAAGGCUUUAUACACAUUCAAUCACCAAUGAACGAGUAUCAUACGUUUUCAUUUCGAUACAACACUCUUUGUAUGGUAUCUUCUACAGUCUUAAGGUAUACGUGUAUACUUUUAUUUAAUUAUCAAUAUUUACCAACUUAAAUUAUCUUUUAGUAUUUACUGAGUGAACGAUUCGAAUGUGACUAUAAUUUUAUGCUUGUUAUUUAUCAAAGCAAUCGUAUAAGCAUCCUCUCCAUGUACCUAGGCUUUUGACUUUAUCUUAAGGACAAGAUGUAUUAAACAUUUUGGUACUGGAAAUACACAAUUUUAAAAUGUGAA